AAGUAUCAAAAAACUGUUUCAAAAACUUAUGGUAAAAAUCAUGAACCUGAUAUCUCUUCAGAUGAAGCUGAGGACAUUAUUACUAUCCUGAAAACUUCUAAACUGAAUAAACAUAAAAAUCACAAAUCUAAUAGCUUUUAUUAUAAAAUCAAAUCGCAAGACAAAAAUGUAGAUAAUAUAAAAGUUGUAUCAGAACAUAAUAUUGUAAAAAAGAAACCAAGAAAAAAUGAAGCUUUCAAUUUAACUGGCAGCAAUAAUGAUAGUAUAUACAGGCAUAAGUUCAUACAAUUCAUCACGAAUUAUCAAUUCAUUUCCUUUACAAAUAUAGUACUUCAGAUUGUGAACGAUUUGUAUUCUUCUACACUAGAAAUUACCUUGCAACAAUAUGAAAGUUUGGAUCAUGAUUAUUUAUUUACAUUAUCUGAUAAACAACAAACAUCAAAAUCAAAUAAUAUUGAUGAUGUUUUAAUAUCUAAUAAACAACAGUCUUCAGCAUUAAAUUUUACCAGCAAUACCAAUAACACCACCUCUUUAAUUGGUCUAUUCAAAAAUGAUCUUGAAAUUUAUAUGUUUUUCAUAUAUCGGCCAGAUCUCAUAAAUUUAACUUUAAACAUGAUAAAAGCAAAUGGUCACGAAUUCACAAUUGUUCAAGAAAAACAUACCAAAUUUAAUAUACUUUCAGAAAAGGAGAAACUUUUGAAUAAAGAAGUUAUUAAUAAUAUUAAAAAUUUAAAUUAUAUGACAGCUGAUAUGAAAAUAUUUGCAGCAGAUGGAAGAGAUGUAUUACAACAGUUGGAUAUUAAAUUAUUGCUUAAUUUGAAAUAG